AUGGACUUGUACCAGCUCGUCGACAUGCAAGGCCUGUCUCUAUGUGAACGAGGAGUUUGUCGUUCAGCAAGUGGUCAGGGAGCACAACCACCCGCCACGCAAGCUGCAUUGCGCCCCCGAUGGCACGUACUUCAAGGCAAGCUGAUACAAUUCUGCGACGGCAAACCGAAGCUGUUGUACAAAGAUUACCUGUACUUCAAACAUUAUAAGGCCCGCUCUCUGUUCCGAUGGACUUGUACCAGCUGGGCGAAAUGCAAGGCCUAUCUCUACGUGAACGAGGAGUUUGUCAUUCAGCAAGUGUUCAGGAAGCACAACCACCCGCCACGCAAGCUGCAUUGCGCCCCCGAUGGCACGUACUUCAAGGUU